GGGUUUCGGCGGGGCGCGGGACAGGGGGUGCCAGGCUCCGGGCCUGCGGGACCCCGGCAGGAGGUCGUCCUGCUCCCGCGACCCCGCCGAAGUUCCCGGGAAGCCCGAACAUCCCGCCCCCGGGAGCCCGGCGUAACGCAGCUCUCCGUGCUAGCCCUGGAGCCUGCAUCACUCCGCAAACCUCGGGCGCCCGGGCCCCACUCACAGGUUCAGGCUGGGGAAGUCCGGCUUCCUGGAGGGGUCAGCUCCCCUCCUCUGAGCCAGAAGCCUAUUGGUUGGCGCCACCCACACCCAGAGUGGCUCUUCCCUGUACAAGUCACAGGACUGCUGAAGGAACAUGAUAGAGGAAGGACUUGGGACAGUUUACAAAGUUGCACUGCAAGAGAUGUCUGCCUGCUAUGCUACUCUGCCUUAGAGCCAGUCGAUUAUGGACUGAAACUCCUACAAACUAUCACUGAGAAGAGCACAGGCCAUUUGGAGCCACAUUUAAAGAAGUGUGUGUGUCUCUCUGACAGUGGCGCCACAGAGAUGGAGCCAUUUGUACUUGCCCCAGAUACUGUGAAAAGCAUGAGAGCUAAGAUAGUCACUUUCAUUUUCUGGGGAAAAAAUAAUGGUGUCAGUGUAUCUGGAAGCCCCUCACACACAGUGCAGUGGGAUGCUGACAGCAGUUUUGACCGCCAGUGGGCUGUACUCUUCUAGAAUACAAAUUAAAUACUGAGCUCCCCCUAGUGACAAUAAUAUAGAUACACGUAAAAACAAGCACUUACGUGUAUUUGCAAUUCUAUUAUUUUAAUUUUAAGCUAAUGUAAUUUUCAUUCUUAUCAUUAAAACAGGAUGGGGAAUGUAUGGGAAAAUGCAGUUGACUGUUCAUAUGCUAUACACAGGGAAAUGUAGAAAAAUGUUUUGUUGAAAAAUAACUGGUUUCCCCCCUUUUUAUUAGUAUAAGUUUGUGAGACAUAAUUGUGGUGGAUUAACUAAUAGCUUGUAACACCCAGCUGAACUGAAUCAGCGUGGAACUGGAUGUGAAGACCCACCUGAGGGUUGUUGCCAACAACAUAAAAAGAGAACUGCCGGGGAGAUCGUGUGCCUAUGAUCCUCCUGGAGAAGCUUGUCAUGCUGGUUUUCCUGAUAUGAACUCAGCUGUUCUCAUCAUUGGAGCCUGGGACACCAACGUUGCUGAGGACGGCUGCAGUUCUUUUCAGGGAGGCUCAGGUCCUUAUUUGAGGACCUUCCUGGCUCCAAUGCAGAUCCCUCAGCUUGCUGUCACAGAUCCUUUAUCCUGCUGGUGCAGAUUUUCUA